AUGGGCAAGAGCAAAUCCAAAAAGCGCCAACGAGCUUCUUCAUCUGAUGAUACAAGCUCUAGUAGUUCUGAAUCAUCUCGUGAAAAAAAGAAACUUCGUAAAUUGAAAAAGAAAUUAAAGAAGGAACAAAAGAAAACUGAAAAAAUAUUAAAGAAAAAGCUAAGAGAAGAAAAGAAGAAAUUAAAGAAGCGCAGAAGUAACAGCGACAGUAAAGAUUCCAAAAAUGAUGAAGCAACCGCUGAUAUUCCAAUUGAAUUAAUGGAAAUGUCUAAGGCUAUGGCUCCAAUGACCAAAGAAGAGUGGGAACAAAGGCAAAGUGUAGUUAGAAGAGUAAUGGAUGAAGAGACUGGAAGAUACAGGUUAAUAAAAGGCGAUGGUGAAGUGUUAGAAGAAAUAGUAUCACGAGACAGACACAAGCAAAUCAACCGGCAGGCCACAUGUGCUGAUGGUGCCUUCUUCCAAGCACAAACUCUUGACAAAAAGAAGUUACUCUAA